GGCCUGUCGCUUUGCACGCCGGAGACAGACAGAGCGCCAUGGAGACGCUUCUUUUUCUAUUUCCUCAAUUUAACUACAUGGCCCCAAAGGAGGAAGCAAAUUUCAAAAUGUUUGGUCCAGAAGACCUGCAGGCAGCAAAGAUGAAGGACGAUGGUAGCAGACAGAAAGACAAGGAGAGGAAGAGCCGACUAAGCCUUUUUCUCACCAAGUCAGGCUCCCAUGAAAACGUCAGUCCCCAUAAAAAGACAAAUACGACAACCAGCAACAUCUCAGCAGAGGCAGCUUUGCAAUGGAGCGACUCAUUUGAAGAGCUGCUAAAGCACUCAGAUGGAGUGGAAAUCUUCUCUCAGUUCCUCAGGACAGAGUUCAGUGAGGAAAACAUUGAGUUCUGGUUGGCCUGUGAGGAGUACAAGACCAUUGAUUCGGAAACAAAAAUGCUGUCCAAAGCCAAAUAUAUUUAUACAGUUUUUAUUGAAUCGGAGGCACCUAAAGAGGUCAACAUUGACUAUAACACCAAGAUGGCCACCCAGAGGAACAUGGCAAAGCCCACAAGGAGUUGUUUUGAAGCGGCCCAGAUGAAAGUCUACAGCCUGAUGAAAAAGGACUCCUACCCCAGGUUCCUGCACUCUGACAUUUAUCUGCGUCUCACCAGGAGGAAGGGCCCCGGAGCCACCAUGUUUCGCAGAAGGUCACGCUCCUGUGUAUUUAACGAGAGGGGGGAGGCCACAACUGAACCCUCAGCCUGGUAGUUGAACAUUACAGGGGUAGUAGCUAACUUCAUGCAAUGGAUGUAUUAUCAUCUAACAGAUAAUCCAUGGUCUGCAGCCCAACUGUUGGAAUAUAAUUUUCAUAUCAACAGCCUUGUUUUAUAUAACCAGUCAUAGUGGGUUAUUUUACAUACAAAGCAACACAAUAACUCUUCAGUAAUAAUAAUCUCACAUACAUAUUUAAAAAAAUGUUAUUUUCUUGCCAAGAGUUAAAUAAUAAGAUUUCCACACUACUCACUUAAGCAUGGGGAAACGUAAGCUAGCAAUUAGCUAUCUUAGCUUAACUUAGAUGCAACUGACAGGGUGACACGACCACCCUGUGCUUGGGUGCAGUAGCUAAAUGUAAAAACCAGACUUUCUAACUGUCUUAGGGCUGGGAUAUACUUGCUGUUAGCAACACGUCUGCAUACGUAUCAUGGCUGUCAUCCAUUCCUAGAGUUUGUUUGUUUGGCCAUUUGUGUUGAUGUGAGAUAAUGUGUCACAUGCGCAAGUUGCAAUGAUGACUUGAACGCCAGUGCCGCUCAUGAACAAACAAAAACAUGAACAUAACAGGUCCGAGGUAAACACAAUGUCCUUGUCCGCACUUACCGGCAGGAUUUUUCCUACCCUUUACAGAGUGAUAAACACUUCUGCAUUUGGCUAAUACAAUGUGACCAGUAGACUGACCUUUUCCCUAUUUCAAAGUCCAAGUGCUGUAUACUUCUCCUAACAGUGGCCUCCAGUAUUGAGCAUUUUUGCUGCUCUUUGCUUCUGUUGUUUGCAGGAAGUAUAAACUCAGACAUAGCGGAGCACUGAUGUGUACACUUGCGUUCACAGAAAGUGUAUCCCAGCCCUUAAAGUUUACUUUCUUGACAGUUUCAUUGUUAUCAUUAUUUUGUUAUUUCAUUAUUUUCUCUGCAGUCUUCAUGUUUUCCUGAUAGCUUCACAUGGUUAUGGGAAAACCUUAGCUAGCAGUUAGCUUACUUAGCUUACCAUAAAGACCACUGACAGCUUCUCUGUGCAUGUUAAAGCACAAAAUGUAAAAACCAGCCUCUCUAAUUGUUGUUUAUUUCUUGCCAGUUUCAUUUGUUAUCCCUAUAGUCUUCUUAUUUCUGGCAGCUUCAUUAUAGUAUUUCUUUACUUCUCACAUGAGCAUGGGGAAUAUUGCUAGCAUUUAGCUUGCUAAUUUAGCUUAGCAUGGGAUCUACUUACAGGAGAAGCUACACUAUACUCUUUCAACAGUAAGAACAUGCAAAAUUAAAAACUCUUUUCUAGGUUAACAGAUCUCAAAACUAACUAGUUUACAUUCAUAAUAUUUUUCAUGUGCUCCUGAAUUAUCCAGAGUGCUCAGUGUUGGGUGCUGUGAAGUAUGCGUGAAAAAUGAGCAGAUGCAUGCUUAUAAUCUAAUUUUGAUAAAAAAAAAUAUCCACUACCACUUUUAAUUAUUUUUGGACAUCAUUUAAAUUAGUAGAUGCCCAAACAAAGACUUCGAUACUAAAAUAUCACAAUUAACAUCACAAAACAAUAAAUAAAACAAAACAAAAAAGAUAUAUGAAAUUGCAAUUGACAAAUUCUACUUUAGGAGUACCUCCUCAGAUAAGUGCAUGAUACGAACAGUCAGUGAGUGUGCAGCUGUCUGCGCCAACCCUAAAAGUUCACUUGUUAUCACAGGUGUUCUCUUUUUAUCUAGUCAUCUCUUACAUACCUCAGAUUCAGCUAGCAGGCCUCACUCUCCUUUUUAACACAUUCAUAGCUUUUACUGAAACCUCCACUUGUCAGUACUCCACUUUUUUGUCAGUUUCUGUUGUGCUGCCUGCUGUGGGAGGAAUGCUGAUGCAUAGUUCUACUGUCAGAGAUCUUCCUAAUGCAAUUGCCUGCUCUUCUGGUAGUUUCAUCAUUGUCUGGUGCAGAAAUCCCUGUGACACGUGUAGCUUCCACCGGCACAUUUGCUGUUAACAAGAACAUUGUUCAAUACUGCAAAAAAGAACUUGUUUUGUGUAAAAUAAACAUGGAAAAUUUUAAAUUUUGCUCAUAAAUGCGUACAUUGAAACGGUAUGACAUGAAGGUUUUUCUUGCUGUUUUACACAGUCUUGAGGAUAAGAGGCAGAGCAGAGAUGAGUAUGGUAUCAAUUUUAUUCUUUAACUCUUGGUACGACAGUGAAAAGGCAUUUACCCACAAAUUUUGUACCAUUUCCCCCAUCGUAUAUUACUCAAAUAGAUGAUAGCUGGCACAAUUUGCCUUCAGGUAUAUGAAUGAAUUACGGAGAGGAUCUAUCACAGCUAUGUGCUUAUCUGAAAAUAAUGGACAUCCUCUGGCCAACCACUUGAAUAUUCUCUGUGGCCAUGGUACAAAACCAGAUUACACUGCUGCAUCUGUGGAUUAUCUGUCCAUUCUUUUGCACAGAAGCACUGCAUUGAUUUUGGAUUCAGCCUCUAGUGAUGAUUUUUAGCAUUUCUCAAAACUUGAAUGAUGGGAUGGUUGGAGAAAGAAUCCGUGCCUCUGCGCUAUUGACAGUAUCUAGCCAGCCGUUCAGACAACCACACUGAGGCAACUGGUCCUGACUCCACGCCCAAUGCACUUCAGUUGCUUUGUUCUCCAAUCCAGCAGUAGCACCUUAUACAACAUUAAUGCUGUUGAUGUGGCGCACAAGCUAAUUUGACCAUUUCUCAUUAAAAUGGAGUCAUGAUUUUAUCUCUUUCAUUGCCCACCCUCUGCAGACAAAACUAGUCGUGAAAGCCUACAGCCACAGUGACUGCAAAGCACUGAAACUUUCUUUAAUAAGCAAUGCUGAAGAAUUUUUCCAUUUUCACUCAGAAAAUGCAUGUAUCUUCUUUGAAUACUAAUAUAACAUUUUAUUAAUUAUGACUUCUUUUUCAGUUGCCAUCUUAUAUAAUUUAUGUAUUGCUUAAUCUGUAAAUUGUACAUACUAUAAUAUCUGGAAAAGUAAAAUAAAAUCUUUCUUGUGAA